ACACGAUCACACGAAGGAAUCAUCAUCAUCAUCAGAAAUUCAGAAUUCAGGAGCAGUAAUUAAAAUUGAUUAUUUUGAUUAUAAAAUAACUCAAGAGAGAUCACAGAGAGAUAUGGCGGAGGGUAAACCCGACGAGCAGCUCUUUCAGCUUCUUUCGGGUCUUCUUCAACAGGUAGAAUCAUUGACAAAUACAGAAGAGGUUGAGCUACGUUCUAAGAUUGAAGCUCUUGGUUUAGAAGUCACUAAAGUGCCAUCAAAGUCUGCUCAACACCUCAAUGAGGUGGAGAUAGCUAAGGAAUUGGACAAGUUAUCAGCAAAGUUAGAUGAUGUGGAUGAGAUGAUAUCAUCAGCUAUAGCUUCUGAUCCACAGGUUCAGACGCUUCUUAGCGGCACAGCUGAUGUUUGGAUGCCGGUUAUCACUGCCGGCGCCGAAGAGAGACUCAACUUCACAGCCUCUCUUGCUGAUGAUGAUGACCUUUCUAACAAGGAGACUACUACCGACAAUACCAGCAGCUCUUAAUCCCAUUUUCUUUUUGAUAAACUCAUGUCGAAGUUUUCUAUUUUGCAGUCUUGUUUCUUUUAUGUAUAUCAAAACCAAGAUAAGCUUUAAUUCAUGAGUGAUAUUGAUGUUUGAUUUUUACGC